AUGGUUGUUACCACAAAAAUUCUUCUUUCUUUGCUCUACUACUGGAUGUUACCUGUCUUGAUUUUUUCAUUUAGCUAUCAGGUAUCUCCAGUCUAUGCAAAUCCAUGUUCAAGUAACCCUUGUAAGUAUGGACUUUGCCAGCGUCUUAAUGAUACAAGCUAUUUAUGCCAAUGUGAUCAAGGUUAUUGGGGAUAUCAGUGUCAAUAUAAACCUUCGGAUUGUAAAUGGUCGAUAAAAGGAUCUAAUGCUUCAGUAGUCUAUCCAACUGGAAGACAGUGGAAAAAUCAAUGCAAUAGCUGUUAUUGUUUGCAAGGAAAGGUUAUCUGUAGUCAGCUAUGGUGUGGUUUAACUUUUUGCCAGAGUGGGAAUGAUUGUUCUGAAACAUCAAAGCCUUGUACUGUAGUGCCAAAAUCCUGGUGUCUAUCAACAUCUUGCUCCCAAUAUGGUUACUGUAGUUCUACAGAAAAUCAAAUAGUGACAGAUUGUAUACGAAAUAGGCCAUUGCAAAAAUGCAUCUUGAGAACCGUUUAUAUUGAUAUAAGUCAAUUCACUCAGUCAUCCCCUAAGAUCAGUGCUGCAGAAUUAAUCAUGAAUGAUCUUAAUCAAACAUUAUCUGGCCCUUAUAUUCGUGGAAAUCUUCGCCAUAUUAUCUUUACACUACCAACUACUGUGCCAUCUUUUAUACUACCUUUACUGAUUACUGGGACGGCUUUAUUAAUUUUGGUGCUGAUUGCAACUGCUUGGUUAAUUAAGCGCAAAUAUGAUACUGAUUCUCAAGAUCAGAUUGACACCAAGAAAUCGGAAUUAUCCAAUUUCAUUUUUAAGAGGCAUUUUUCUUUCAGCAAAGGAAAACCAAAGACGCAAGAAAUAACAGCAAAUCCUAUCUUUGUUGAUGAAAAUGAGGCAGCAUGGAAAAGGAAAAGCUCAAUUCGUGCUUCUGCUAACUUCUUUCGUGGGGUUAAACCAAAACGAAAAGCGUAUGAAAUUCGUAAUAGCCGCAAUAAAGGCAGAGGCAUAUCACAUAAGAAAGAUGGAGGAAAUGAUGAUUCUUUUGCUGGGCAUGACAAUAACAAUACCGGUAAUGGAAUAACUGUACGAGAACUUACCACCAAUGAUUAUGGCAAUUCAAGCCAGGUAAAUCAGCAUCAAAAUGAAGAUAAUAUUCUCUCUGAAAAUGGGCUUAUAAAUCAAGAUGAUAGAAAGGGAACUAGUGGCUAUUCGGAUAUAUUAUCGCAUAGUUUAAGAUGGAUCGCAGGAAGGCGUAAAUCGAGUGUGACUUUAGAACAGCCUGGAUAUGAUAUUCAAGGACAAGAUAUGACUAGCGAUAUUAAAAUUGUGAAAGUAAAUGAUCAAUCUGAGAAACAAGAGAAUAUUUAUCGGCGGGUUGUAACAGGAGAUAAUGUCAAAUUAUACAAUGCGGAACAAGAUAAUAUUAAAACGCAGACUGUAGCACAUGAUAACAUUGACUUUCAGCCUGAAAUUCAAAAUAAUAUCGACCAGCAAGCUGAAAAGUUUGAUCAUCAUACCAAUCUACUGACUGAAACCGAAGAAUCUGACGAAAUAAUAUUUGACGAAUUAGAACUGUGUGAGGAUAAAUUUGAUUAUAAUAUUGUGAUUGGUCUAUCUUGCACCACUUUGUAA